AUGCAAGAUACCCAGUCAUCAACGAUCAAGAAAAUGGCGAUUUCAAAAAAUUUACAGACUGAAAGCGCUUUUAGUCGCCACGAAUUCCUUAUGCGAGAGUAUCUAAACCGCAGAAAGAAUGGACCCAAGAAAUAUGUCCCUUCAUCUUACAAAACAGAAAGGGACAUUAUUCGAGAAAAUCACAAAUUUGUUAGAUCUGAUUCAGAGGAUGAAGACGAACUAAGUUGGGAAGAGAGAGUUGCGAAAAAAUAUUACGACCGUUUGUUCAAAGAAUAUGCUAUUUGUGAAUUGAAAUAUUACAAAGAAGGAAGGAUUGCUCUUCGUUGGAGAAUAGAAAGGGAAGUAGUCAACGGAAAAGGACAGUUUAUUUGUGCUUCGACACGCUGUGAUGCCACAGAAGGUUUGAAAAGCUGGGAGGUGAAUUUUGGAUAUGUAGAAAAUGGAUCGAAAAAGAACGAGCUUGUCAAAGUGAGAUUGUGCCCGAGUUGUUCCGAUAAGCUGAACUAUAAAACGCAGAAAAGACUAGCGAAACGCUUGAAGAGAAAAGAACGUUCUGAUCCUGAAGACGGCAAUGACGGUGAGGGACGGAAAAAGUUAAAAAAUAUAUCUGACGAAGAGAGGGACAUGCUCACGACAAACGUUGAUAGUGAAAAAGUUGAGGAAGCAGAAACCUCAGUCUGGAGUAAAACAAUGGAGACAAAGGAGGAAAAGUCGAAAGAAGAAGAGUACGAGGACUAUUUCGCCGAUUUGUUACAGUAA